UGCUGUUCCAAGUCUACUAUCUAGAACAGAAGACACGCGGUGUCCGUUCAUUGUUGAAAAUUGACCACAACAUGCUUAGAAGUUACCCCCAAGGCUCAGUACACCACCUUUCCUAUUGCUGGAUAUGCACCUGGCAUUGGUGGAGUAAGGGACUGACUCCUAGCCUGCUUGUGACGGCGACCCACUGGAGUACAUACCACGAUCUGACGUCAGGGGUACCCGCCAAGGUAUUAUAAUGGUCCAUUUCAUCACUCCCCAUAUCCCACCUCCUUCCUUUAAUUAUGUCUUCUCAAAUCUCAUAUCCUGAAAACAACAACGAGAACAACAACCAACGAACGGUUACCGACCCCGUCACUCACCGUCCCGUCACAAUCCACGACAGUACUUCCAUCGAGCUUGAAAGAAUACCGCCUUCUCAUGUCUCCAGAGAGCAGGACCAAAAUGAACAGGAUAAAGGAGAGGUGAUGGACAGAGCUGUCGAUGAGGAGUUACGCAAAGGGUGGUGGGCUGAUUCCGCAGGUGCGGAGCGUCGAAUGCGUACACAGGCUGCUUUGUUAGCUGCUGUCGCAGCAGGCCUCGGAGGGUUCAUUAGUCUCACUCUGUCAAGAUUUCUUUCGUGGUCGUUUGGAGCCAAGGCAGGAAGCAUUUGGGUCGACCUAUUCAUUGGGAGCCUGGGGAGCACGCUACUAGCGCUUUGCGCAGGGGGUGUGGUGUUUUAUUAUGGUCAGGAUGAAAAACCUCAAAGGUCCGAGAGGGAGAAGGACAAUCAACAGGCAGGGUGGAGUAAGGAUUUAACUCAGAAACACCCCGAAACCGCAGCGUGGCUCAACUCAUUUCUCGAUACACUAUGGCCUAUUGUCAACCCUGCACUUUUUACUCCGCUAUCUGAUAUGCUCGAAGACGCGUUGCAAGCCACACUUCCCAAACUAAUUCACGGUGUACGCGUUGCAGACUUUGGUCAAGGAUCAGAAUCUGUACGCAUCAUUGGCAUGCGCUGGCUCGGUGGUGGAGAUGACGAAGUUGACGAGGGCGACUUUGUCAAUCUUGAAGUAGCAGUUAGCUAUCACUUUCAGUCCAAAGGAGCCGAUUCAAAGAGACCAUCCGGCUGCAUGCAUGUGUUGACGCAGUUUUGGCUUCCAGGAGGUGUGGUCCUACCCGUUUGGGUUGACAUUACUGGUCUGCUGGCCACUGCCCGUCUGAAACUACAGCUCACACCCAACCCACCGUUUCUAUCGGUGAUGACAUUGACGCUCUUGGGAAAACCCAAAGUGACGACAUCGGUAACACCGUUAGCCAAGAAUUUCAUGGACAUGAUGGAUAUCCCUGGAUUGUCUUCGUGGGUGCAGGGUGCGAUCGAUACUGCGAUCGAAGGUUACGUUGCGCCAAGGAGUCUCACAUUGGACCUCAAGGCAAUUUUGUCGGGAAGAGAGAAGAUGGAUACUGAAGCUAUAGGUGUUCUUUUCGUAUCCGUCAUUAGAGCUCAGGGUUUCAAGACCGGUGACACGACCAAGGUGUGGAAGACGGACGCAGCAAGAAGUGGUGACCCUUACGUGACGGCUGGGUGGGGGAAAUGGGGCAAGCCGCUGUGGUCGACGAGGAUAAUCCAGAAUGAGAGCGAACCUGUCUGGGCAGAGACGAACUUCAUGCUUAUUACACCUGCAGAGCUAAAUGCACAAGAAACCCUCCAACUUCAGCUGUGGGAUUCUGAUCGCCUCACCGCCGAUGAUAUCCUCGGGAAACUAGAAAUUCCACUUCAUGACUUGAUUCACUCUCCCGAGACAAAAAACCGCAUCAAGGAGCGCAGCGACGAGCUUAUCGGUGAUGACGGUUCGAAAUGGCCUGGGCAGCUCAUCUGGUCGGUGGGCUAUUUUGGGAAAACCACUUUGCAGCAACAUCUCGUCGAUAAAGAUGCCGACGCGAAAGAGAUUGAGGAGAAGGUCAAGGCAGAUGCUCGCAAUAAGCUGCGUGAAGCUGAGGCUCGUAACCAUGAAAGUAACCCGGAAAUAAAGGAGCAGACUCAAGCGGAUUUGUAUGAGAAAACACAGGAAAUUAUGGCGGGCUCUCCUCCUCCCGCGGAAUGGGCUAAUGGGAUUCUGAGCAUCACAAUUGACCAAAUUGAUGGUGUUGAGGUGCCGAAUGUCCGCCAAAGUGGCGUGAGCUCAGGUAUGGAGGAGGAGGACAGCGACGCAUUGCCUAAUCCGUAUUGCACCAUCAUCAUCAAUCAUGAAAGAGUAUAUCAGACCAGGACGAAAAUGAGAUCCAACAAUCCUUACUAUAAUGCAUGCACUGAGAGGUUCAUCAGGAACUGGAGGGAAACUGUUGUUAUGAUUGCUGUUCGAGACUAUAGGCACCACGAAAAUGACCCCUUACUCGGUGUGGUGGUUCUUCCCCUCAAGAAGAUGUUCAAGGAUCGGUGUCAGCUCACCGACUCGUUCCCGCUGGUUGGGGGUUUGGGGUUCGGGCGACUCAAGUGCUCGCUUCUGUUCCGAAGUGUGCAGGCCAAGCUACCGCGUCCGAUGUUAGGUUGGGACGUGGGUACUCUCGAAAUAUACCCAGAGACAAUCCGCCCAUUAGCGGAUUUGCCUGCAGAAUUGACAGCUUGUCGAAUGCUUCUUCGUACUCUGUACGGGCGAGGCAAAGUAUACGCGAAACAGGACCGCAACGCGGGGGAUGGUAGCGGGUGGCAAUCCAAACACGACAGGCCUAUACGAUUGGCGGUCAAGAAGAGAUUCUCCAGCUCUCUGCUAGUCCAAUUUAGGAGGCGGGUACUCGGACCUGAUCUUACUCCUGCUUUUGGAACGUUUUGGCUGCGCAAUGUGCCCGACGGGGAAGGGUUCACGAUCAAAAUGGCUAUCAGAAAUAAUAAGGGCAAUGCUAUGGAGAGGAGUAGGUUCAACGCUACUGAGGAGAUCGGUGACAAGGUGGGGGAGUUGGAGAUGAAGGUGAAAUUUUGGCCCGGCUUAAACUCCUAUCAUCGACGUCUCGCAAGCAAGGAUGCUGGGAUUGCGGACUUGAUGGAUAUUCUUCGUGCCACGGAAGAUGAAUCAGAGGGAAUUGAGCGGUUUGUUGAUCAGGAUACCCAGGGUUCUUCCUCCUCCUCCUCCUCCUCCUCCUCCUCCUCCAGUGGCUCAGACAGCGAGAGUGAACAUGACGGUGAAAGUAAAACGAAGCGUGGAGGGAGGUUCGAGGGCAUAAAGGAAGGUGUUUCGGACUAUGGUGACCGCAAGGAUGAAUUACACCGGAAACAUAGAGGUGUGAUGCAAUGGGGUGCAGCGAGGAAGGUUGCGUGGCUCGGAAAAGAGGUGCAAGGUACUGCUAAUGAAGUGACUCGGGGUCUGAAGAGCCGACUUACGCACCAGCAACGCGAUGGUGGAGUUGAUAAGGAAGUUUGAGAAACUGUAUUAUACCUUUCAUUUUGGACUCUUACUUGGACUGAUGCCUUACUACUGUACAUCUACAAUAUUUACUGUAUUUCAACCGCUAUGGCUAUGACAAUGAAUUCUUCGGUCUC